CCUUCCCAAAAGAGGAAUACCAAAACAUUUUGCCUGUAUAUAAAAGUGAGGUCUUUUCACAGCAAGAGAAUGAAAAGGGAGCAAAGCAGAUUGUUUCUUCAUUCAUUCUGUAGAAUAUUAACUGCUACUGCAUCAACGUGUCCACCAGUAAACAACUGAGAUGGCCAAAUAUUUGUUCUUUUUUCUACUGUUUGCAUGUGCGUCCUUGAGCCAUUCAGAUUCGAAAAGCUGUAAUGGCCGUUGUGGACAAGGCUACUACAAAGGAAGUUUAUGCCAGUGUGAUUAUGAGUGUCUAGGACUUAAUGAAUGCUGUACAGACUUUAAAAGCCUCUGUACCACAAAGAACUCAUGUAAAGGACGCUGUGGGGAGCCUUUUGAAAGAGGCAAUACAUGUCACUGUGAUAAUGACUGUAUCACAUACAAUCAAUGCUGCCCAGAUUAUGAGAGCUUGUGUUUGGUGGAAGAAUCCUCCAAUGAAGAUAUGACCAACUAUGAAGGAGGUAAAGAGGAUUUAGAGACCCCUGUGGAUGAGAGCGCAAGUGCAUUUUUGCCUGCUGAGGCAACUCCAUCUGAAGCAGAGGGUCCAGCGACCAUAAAACCAACAGAGGGUCCGCUGACCACAAUGCCGACGGAGGGUCCACUGACCACAAUGCCGACGGAGGGUCCACCGACCACAAUACCGACGGAGGGUCAGCCGACCACAAUACCGACGGAGGGUCCGCCGACCACAAUACCGACGGAGGGUCCGCCGACCACAAUACCGACGGAGGGUCCGCCGACCACAAUACAGACGGAGGGUCCGCCGACCACAAUACCGACCGAGGGUCCGCCGACCACAAUACCGACCGAGGGUCCGCCGAGCACAAUACAGACGGAGGGUCCGCCGACCACAAUACCGACGGAAGGUCCGCCGACCACAAUACCGACGGAGGGUCCGCCGACCACAAUACCGACGGAGGGUCCGCCGACCACAAUACCGACGGAGGGUCCGCCGACAACAAUACUGACGGAGGGUCCGUCGACCACAAUACCGACCGAGGGUCCGCCGACCACAAUACCGACGGAGGGUCCGCCGACCACAAUACCAACCGAGGGUCCGCCGACCACAAUGCCAGCCGAGGGUCCGCCGACCACACUACCGGCCGAGGGUCCGUCGACCACAAUACCAACCGAGGGUCCGACGACCACAAUACCAACAGAGGGUCUGCCGACCAAAACACCAAAGGAGGGUUCGCCAACACAAACAGAGAGUCUGACGACCACAACACCAACAGAGGGUCCCACAACUACAAAUCCAAAAGAGGUUCCAGCAAAGGGUCCAACAAACAAACCAGUCCCAAAACCUUUUAAACCAACUUUACCCAACAAUGACAAAAAAGAUACAGACAGCGAGCUGUACCAAGCUGAUGACUAUGACACUAAUCUGUGUAGUGGGCGUCCAGUCAGUGGUCUGACAACACUCAGAAACGGGACCAUCGUGGUGUUCAGAGGACAUUAUUUUUGGACACUGGAUAGAAACAGAAACCCUGAUCCUCCACGGUUGAUUACAAAUGUGUGGGGAAUCCCAUCUCCUAUUGACACCGUGUACACUCGUUGCAACUGCCUGGGAAAAACCUAUUUUUUCAAGGGGAAUAACUACUGGAGAUUUGAGAAUGAUAUAAUGGAUCCUGACUUCCCUAAACCCAUCAGUGAGGGCUUUGGGCGAAUCAGUCAUAUCACAGCUGCUUUAUCUAUGCCUCAGUACAGAAGCAGAAGGGAGUCCGUGAUCUUCUUCAGAAGAGGCGGGAAAGCUCAAACGUACACCUACCAAGUUACUCCAGAUUGUGGGAAAAGGCCAAUGACUCCAGUGAUCAGUUUAAGAAAUAGAUACAGAAGAGGGACUGAUUCAGCUCUUGGGGCAGUAAUUACCAUCUCAAAAAGCUGGAGAGGAUUUCCAACCACUGUGACCUCAGCUGUGUCUGUGCCGUCUAGGGUAAAAGAAGGGUACAAAUACUAUGUGUUCUCUCAAGGUCAGUCCAACAGCAUAAAAAUGGAAAGAGAUAAACCGGUGAUCCUAAAACCUGCCACCAGCCAAAAGGACAACACGGCAAACAGUUUCUUCAAUUGUCCAAAGUCCGACAACAAUUGAUCUUAUGCAAUGUACAGAAAACAUGAUUUCUAUUAAAAGAUUUUGAUAUUUUGUGUGAAAAAAAGCUUUUCUCAUAAUACUGGAAUUCAGAGACUGGAUUCACGCCACCAUUUUUUUUUCAAAAAACAUUUAUUGUAAAAUUAUUCAAAU